AGAGCAAAGCCGGUUCACAGACUCUAGGGACCCGGCACCUUACGAGCUGGGAGGCGGUGCCCUCGCACCGCACCUAAUUUCCCUGCAGGCCUUGGCCUUAACAGGUGUUGGUGCCUGCCGUGGACGCAUUUAGACCCCGACAGUCUCUCUCUCUGGAGACUUUGUGCCUAUGGUUGGGGACAGAGUGAAGUCGUUGCCUUGACGACGACAGCAUGCGGCCCCGCGGUCUUCCUGAGUGUGAGCUUGCGGCGGGUUGAGGCCAGUCUGCCUCUCUGCUUGCUUCACCUGGGACCCGUGACUGUGUCCGCGGAAGAAAUCACGACAGCAGUAGAAUUGCUAGUUUGCUAGUCAGCAUCUUCUAGACCUGCGAACGAGAUGCAGUUCACCUCAAUUUUGUUUCCAAGUUGAAAACCUUUGGGGCUUUCCAAGGAUUUAAAAGAAACACAAGAAAAAUUCCUACUGGUUUUUAAUUAAAAUGGAAAAAUAUGAGAACCUAGGGUUGGUUGGAGAAGGGAGCUAUGGAAUGGUGAUGAAGUGUAGGAAUAAAGAUAGUGGAAGAAUUGUGGCCAUCAAGAAGUUCUUAGAAAGUGAUGAUGACAAAAUGGUUAAAAAAAUUGCUAUGCGAGAAAUCAAGUUACUAAAGCAACUGAGACAUGAAAAUCUGGUGAAUCUGUUGGAAGUGUGUAAGAAAAAAAAGCGAUGGUACCUAGUCUUUGAAUUUGUUGACCAUACAGUUCUUGAUGACUUGGAGCUCUUUCCAAAUGGACUAGACUACCAACUAGUUCAAAAGUAUUUGUUUCAGAUUAUCAAUGGAAUUGGAUUUUGUCACAGUCACAAUAUCAUACACAGAGAUAUAAAGCCAGAGAAUAUAUUGGUCUCCCAGUCUGGUGUUGUCAAGUUAUGUGAUUUUGGAUUUGCGCGGACACUGGCGGCUCCUGGGGAGGUUUAUACUGAUUAUGUGGCAACCCGGUGGUACAGAGCUCCGGAACUGUUGGUUGGUGAUGUCAAGUAUGGCAAGGCUGUUGAUGUGUGGGCCAUUGGCUGUCUGGUAACUGAAAUGCUCAUGGGGGAACCCCUUUUCCCUGGAGAUUCUGAUAUUGAUCAGCUAUAUCAUAUUAUGGUGUGUUUGGGUAAUCUAAUUCCAAGACAUCAGGAGCUGUUUUAUAAAAAUCCUGUGUUUGCUGGAGUAAGGUUGCCUGAAAUCAAAGAAACGGUUCCUCUUGAAAGACGCUAUCCCAGGCUCUCUGAAGUUGUGAUAGAUUUAGCAAAGAAAUGCUUACAUAUUGACCCAGACAAAAGGCCCUUCUGUGCUGAGCUCCUGCACCAUGAUUUCUUUCAUAUGGAUGGAUUUGCUGAGAGGUUUUCUCAGGAACUGCAGCUAAAAGUACAGAAAGAUGCCAGAAACAUUUCUUUAUCUAAAAAACCACAAAGCAGAAAGAAGGAAAAGGAAAAAGAAGAUUCCUUGGGUGAAGAGAGAAAAACCCUUGUGAUUCAGGAUACCAAUGCUGAUCCCAAAAUUAAGGAUUCUAAAGUAUUUAAAAUAAAAGGGUCAAAAAUGGAUGGAGAAAAAGUUGAAAAAGUCAGUCGAGCUUCAAAUGCCAGCUGUCUCAAUGACAAUGGGACGAACCACGUCAAAACAGUGCCUUCAACAAGCCUUGGAGAGUGCAGCAGUGGCAGUGUGGACCACACAAGACAUCCAGGCAUGGCAAUUCCCCCACUUACGCACAAUCUUUCUGCAGUGGCUCCCACGAUUAAUUCUGGAAUGGGAACUCUCUCAGGAGUUCAGAGUUACAGAGUGGAUGAGAAAACCAAGAAGUAUUGUAUUCCACUUGUUAAACCAAAUAAACAUUCUCCACCAGGAGUUUAUAACAUUAAUGUGACCACAUUGGUUGCUAGUGAAAAGAGCCUACUUCAGGCAAGUAAGAAAAGAAGGGAAUACUCAAAGACAGAUGUCCAUUUGCCUGAACUAAACCAUAACCAUCUCCCUGAGCUAAAAGCCUUGGAAGGCAUUGCUCGAAAUUCCAGGCUAAUAAAGAAAGAGAACAAAAAUCUUACAGAAUCUCGGAUUCCUUCUCUGGCCGCUAUUGACUUGUACACCCCCAGUAUUGCGUUACGUCAGGUAUCAGGGUCUCCCCUGUCAGAUGCUUCAGAGGCUGAUUUGCCUCGAGUGGACCACCAGCACUGAGUGUCAUUUUGGUUCUGAACUGGGUCCCUUCCAAAGCCCUGGUAGACAUCAUUGCAGUGCAUUCGCUCUACUACAUAAACUGCAGGCUCUAUAAGACUUGGAUCUAUUUCGUCAAAAUUAGUCAUUAUUUACACAAAAGGAGAUGUUGGGCUACACAUGAUAGUUUUGGUGUGUAAUUAUCCUGAAGACUGUCUUUAAAAUCUUGUUUUUGAUACAUAUGAUCUAAGGUUUUCUUAGACCACAUAAUACCUACCAAUACUAUCAAUAUAUACAAUGUGAGAAAGCAAGAGAGGUAGAAAUCAAUUUCUAGAAAGCAUUUAUGUAAACUACUUGGUGGCAUAUAUCCUUCUUUGCAUUUAGAUGCUGCUCUAGCACUUAAGACGACAUCCUUGUGCAACAGAAGUGCUGAUAUCCUAGAAGCAGAGAUUCGUGGUUUUGAGAAUUGACUUCUGAACUGCCUAAAUUUUCUGAGAAAGGCCUCACAGCAGAACAAAAGACAAAGACAUCCAUGUGUUUCAAAGGAAGACUGAAGAACUGCCCCUUUCCAACUGUUAUCUCAUCACCUUUCAAGUCCACUGAUGCUGUUUCAAGAUAUACCCAAUGAAAGAAUCAUGAUAGGGUUCUUGUUACACAAAUGUCUAUUUAGUAUUAGUAGAUUGUGUGUUUAAAGUGCAUAAAAAAGGGAGAAAAAAAGAAGAAUUUAAAAAGUCAUGUUAUUUAUGCAUUGAAUCUUGUGUGUUAUCUGUAUAAAUGUGUACAUUUAUUUGGGCAUGGGUUUGGUGGAGGUAGGUGAUAAAAGCUAGAAUCAGUUGAAGAAAAUGAAAAAAAAAAACUAGGAUCAGUAAGAGAAAAAGUUUCCUUUACCCUAACUUAACUAUAAAACACAUUUAAAAAUCUUGCUUGUUUCUAGGCUUUAAGGAGAAAUGUAACUGCUCUCUAUGAAUAAAUGUACAGCUUUGGUUUCUGUGAUUAUUGUUGAUGUUUGAUCAGUGUUAUUGUGGGAAUCUGGUCUCUCUGCUGAUCUUCGAAGAACCACACUAAAGCAAAUUUCGCAAAGAAACCUUUUAUUUCUAAUGACCUAGUAUGACUCUGGCAUUGGAUAGUCCUCUGUUUUGUAAGAUUCUGGUGCUAAUGUUCCUGUGUAUAGGAACGUGACUGGAACAAGGGUGGUGAAGGAGAAUUCUGUAAGUUUACCUUGGAGCUGAGUACCGUGCUUCUCAUUGGAAAAAAAGAGGUAGACAUACAAAAUUUGGGGAUGGAAGCCGGGUUACCAAGUGUCUAGGGCUGAUUACUCUUUUCUGGGCCAGUUGCUAUGGAACUCCCCAGUUGGAGAGGCUUUGGGGAGGGGAUGUCCACUGUUAGGACUUCACUCUUGUCCCACUGAUAGUUUGAAGGUGAUAUUGGACAGAACCUAGAGAUGUUCCUGUCUCCUUGUUUCCUCAAGCACUUAGGCCUUCCCCAAAGCUUUUCACCAAGGUGCAAAAUCAUUUACCUACAGCCCACACGUCUUUUCUAAUGUACUUGUCCACAGCUUUUAGGUGGGAGAGGUAAACCAACUGGACAGCACGUUUUUGGUUUCUGGGUUGUAAGUCAUGCUCUGCAUUCAUCGUUUUAGAGAAUGGUUGUUAAGGGGACCAGAAUUUGUGUGGACGUUUUUGCCUUAACCAAUUAACAAUAUGUUGUUUUUUCCAAAAGGCAUGGGCUAGAACUUGGCCUAAAAAUGUAACUAGUGCUUUUCUCUAUUACUCUACGGAGCUUCAUAUUGAAAUUCCGACCUUAGACAUUUGGGCUUCAAAAGAGUAGGACAUUCUGGAGGAGGCAAAAUAAGGGGCUCCAAUGUAGAGUCUGUAGGUGGUUCAACUAAAAUUUGGCCUUGAUUUUGAAGCCCUGUCUUUAACCUCUGACCAGGUGUUUGACUAGCUUGUUAUGACUAACAUGCUGAACAAAAUUAGUGUAUAAGUAGUAAUAGGCUUCACAUUAAAAUAUUAUUAUUUUUACUUUUACUUUGAAAAAUAUUGUCAACAGGCUCUGUAGCACGGAAAGCAGAUAAUACUUAAAAGCCAAGUGUUUCUCCAGCUUAUUUCAAUGUUACUUUUAGUUAAAGAUCAGUGUGAAAAUAGCACCUCAAUGUCUGAGGGCCCCAAAUCAAUUACCUUCUCAAUUCUAUAUUUGCUUUCGGUAUUUUUUGUGUAUUGAAACGUUUUGUGAACUUUAGAAUUAAAGUCUCAACGUGGAAUUAAGUCCACGUUGAGACUUGAGGAUCAUAUCUGGUUAGAACCUUGGCAGAACUACUUGAAAAAGAAGAUUUUGCAAACUGGGGCCAUAGAUACUGAACCAAAAUAAUCCCUUUUUUCAGUUUAAGGUUACUUUACCUUGUCUCACCUACAAGCAUAUGAUUAAGCCACUUACUAAUAGAAAAUAUGUGUAUGUACUGGUGGGAGGAAAUGGACUUGCUGUGUACGUGUAUGUUUUAAAAUUAAUAAAUAGUAUAUCUUACUGAGCUCCAUAUAUGGUUUUUAGUUGAAUUUAUUGAGAUCAUGAAUAAUGUAUAUGACCCGGCACAGUUUUAAUAAACUUGAAAUAAUCUGUUAAUUCUCUUUUUGAAACUGUGGAUAUAGGGGUGGCAAGUUAAUUUUCUUGUGUAGCUAGUGAUACAAGCAACCUGGUCCUAAAGUAGCAUGUCUUGUAGAGACCCAGUGAAAGUACUGGCAGACUCACACUUCUGAUUGAGAAUCCCUCGCUCAGUUAGAAUAGCUGACUUCUUUUAGACGUGGGGACAAAGAAGAUAUGUUUUCUUAUGUGACUCUCUCAGUUUUGAUUCCUUUAUUUUUGUUGUGCUACAAUAUAAGGCUGGAUCUGUACUAAAUUAUGAGUCAGACUAAAUGGAAAAAUGUGCUUCACUUGUUUUCUAAGCCCUCCUCUAUAUAACUGAACCAUUGGCAGGAAUUAGAAACACCAGCAUCACUGCACAUAAGGUUUUAAGGCUAGUCCUAGAGAAUUGGACUAGAUGGAUUUUUCUCUAUUGUUUCAUGUGUUUUAGAAUUAGAAGUGGGGCCUUAACACUCCUCUAUGUGAAUCAAAAACUAUGUUUUCACGUUGCUUUUUUUUUUAAUUAAUUUAUUGGCUGCGUUAGGCCUUCGUUGCUGAGUGGGCUUUCUCUAGUUGUGGUGAGCAGGGGCUACUCUUCGUUGCAGUGCACAGGCUUCUCAUUGCCGUGGCUUCUCUUGUUGCGGAGCAUGGGCUCUAGGUGUGCAGGCUUCAGUAGUUAUGGCACGAGGGCUCAAUAGUUGUGUCUCAUGGGCUCUGGAGUGCAGGCUCAGUAGUUGUGGCACAUGGGCUUAGUUGCUCUUUGGCAUGUGGAAUCUUCCCAGCCCAGGGGUCAAACCUAUGUCCCCUGCAUUGGAAGGCAGAUUCUUAACCACUGUGGCACCAGGAAAGUCCCAACAUGUCUUUCUGAGAAGUGCCUUACCACAAAUCACUUGUCAUCACUUGUAAGUAACUUGUGAUUUAGAGCUUUGUGUUUGUAGAUGUUUGUGGAUAUCCGAUGUUGACUACUAAAUACUGAGAAACAGAAAACAAAACAAAACAAAAACCCAUCCAUGAAAUGUCAUUUUCCUUUGCUUUCAGUUAAAUUUUAUCUCCUCCCAUUGCAUAGCCUUAUUUAAUCCCUUCUUGUUCUACUUUGGCAUGCAGGAUCAUCUCCUGUGGAAGUGAAGAAGGUUCUAGCAAAAUUUUGGAAACUGCAUUGUUGGUUAACAUGAAUUAAAUAAGAAAGAGUCAGGGAAAUGAAACCAAAAUAUUUCAAUUCAGCGCGUUUUCCUGUCCCUGUACUAGGGUAGGAUCUCUUAUCAGUUAAGAGAACAGGUUUUUAUGUCAGUUUAUGUCCAUUUAGCUAUCAUCUCCAGGCCUCUAGUUCUGGAAAGUGAUCUCCACUAACACUGCUCCUAGAAUUUAAAACAAUUCUUCCAUUCCAUAACAAUGUCUAUUGGUUACUUCCCUCCUGAACCUGUGUUUAGUCUUCCUUAGAUCAUCACUCCUUUUGCUUGCAUGUAUACCUACCUGUCUGUCUCCUCCACUGUAUAUUUUUUUAAGUAGAAAAGCUGUUGAUUAAAUUGCUCCUAGACCCUCCAAAAGAGUCAGGGCCAGAUUCUGAAGGCACACGGACAAGAACAAUACCCAGUGUCCCUGCCCCCACCAAAAUUUCUGUGUCUCUAAAGAUUGGGGACCACAUCUUAUUUAUCUAUUUCCGUUCCACACUGUCUAGCUCUGUGAUUUCUACAUGACAAUAGAAAUAGUAAUUCCUAUGAAGGUAGGAAUGUUAGUCAUGGUUUAUUGGCAAAGUACAGUGAGUCCCCUACAUACAAACCUUCAAGUUGCAAACUUCCAAAGAUGUAAACAUGCGUUUGCAUGUCCAGUCACAUAAGUUAGUUCACAUAUUCGGCAUACAUUGUCACAUGCGUGCAUCCUCUACAAGUGGUGGUGCUUUUGUGUACUUUACUGUACAGUACUGUAUAGAAUACAGUAGUACAGUGUCUUUAUUUCAAGCCCAGGGUGUCUGGAAGCAAAAGUAAAAGCAGUGGUGAUGUAGCUGGUACUACUGUACUUUUCAGGGUACUGUACUGUAAGAUUAAAAAUGUUUUCUUUAUAUUCUGUGUGUUUUUUAUGUAUUAUUUGUGUGAAAAGUAUUAUAAACCUAUUACUGUAUAGUACUAUAUAGCUGAUUGUGUUAGUUGGGUACCUAGGCUAACUUUGUUGGACUUAGGAACAAACUGGACUUACGAACACACUCUCGGAAUGGAACUUGUUUGUAUGUAGGGGACUUGCUGUAUAGGCUUCGAAAGUUUAAGAAAUUUACUCAGUGUCACUCAAUAAAUG